UUAAAGACUCAUCUGAGAUGCCAAAGUGUGAAUGUGGAUGGUUUCAUGCCAAAGCCAACACUGUUCACACCAGCCAUGCUGAAAGCCCCUGAAGGCCACUUAAUUCUGUCAGCCCUCAGCCAUCUUGUCAUACUUGACCCAAAGAAGACAUUCUGUGUAGCUCACGUGAGUGCAGACUGCAAAUCCAUUAGUGGACGCAUCGAGUAGCACAAGGAGAGGCAUCUUACGGCAGUCUGCCAGGACCAGUGA